AUGGCUCUGCCUAAAUUGUUGUGUUUUUGUUGCGGCUUGGACAAGAGAACGCCAGAAUCAAAUGGCUCAAAUGAGAUUAACCAGAUGUCAAAACUAUAUGCUCUUAUGGAAGAGUUGAAAGUGAAUCAGUUAGCGUUGAAGAAUGAUAUGGAGCAAAACAUAAGCGAGUUGAGGAGAUCGCUAGAUUCUUUAACUGACUGGUUGAUGGAGAAGUUUGCUACCAUCAGACCUGGUGAUCCCUGCGAAAGUGGUAUGAAGCACAACAAAGACAAGGGAGUGGAGGUUAUUAACAUCAGCACGGAUAACUCAUGCUCUUUGUCAAGAACCACUGCACCCAAGAUGUCAGACAAAGCUGCAAGUGCAAGGAAAAGGUUUGUUGGAAAGGUUGGCGUGAAGCCGCCUGUCAAAGUGGGAAGUCCCAUUUUGACAAGGAGAUACAAUGAAAUGAGAAAUAAAAAUAUAUAUUCCAUUGGGCCCUUUACAACUUCCUCUCGUGCAUGCUCAAUGGAUCUGAUUUUGAUAACCCAUGUGUUUGACCAGUCAAAAGAUGAGUGUGAGGAGCUUGUAAGAUCUCCAUGGUUUAAUCUGAAUUGGGCACAAUUUAAGGGAUUAGCACCAGAUUUAAUGUUGUCUUCUCAGGUUAUUACCAUGUGUGUGGACUUCUUAACUCUAGAAGAGUUUCGUAAGGAAAAACGUGUGCGAUGGUUCUUACCACCAGCCUUUUCUAUGUCUGUGCAUGGAUAUUCUGAGGAGAAGAUUAGACGCGUAUACUGUUCAGAAGAUUUCAACGACUGUGAGAAGAAGGAGGUCAAACAAAUAUGGGAUUCAUAUCCGAACUUUCUCGAUCCGGGCAGGAGGGAAGAAAAACUAUCACAAGUAGCGAAAGCACUAGACUCCCUGGUUAUGGUCAAUAUUAUUAAAAAGUUGGAGGUCAACUUGCUGGAAUCUUUCACUACUAAAACAGUGGUUAACGCUCCACGACAGAAGAAUGGGUAA